AUGAUGCUCAGUGCAUUUAUCGCACUCAUGUGCUUUUUACCAUAUAUUACAGCUCAAAAUUCAACAAUAUUAUAUUCAAAAUCUCGAUGGCUACAAUUGCCACCAACUCCUAAACUCCCUCUUCAACUUAUUGGUCAAUAUGCUAAGAUCAAUGAUAUUGGGAUAUGGUAUACAAUCUACGGUUCAAACAAUGCUACUCCUCUCCUUUUUCUUCAUGGUGGCUUCGCUAAUAGUAAUUAUUGGGGAUUGCAAGUUGCAGAACUUAAAUCAUUUUAUCGAUGUAUAUUGAUGGAUUCUCGAGGACAAGGUCGAAGUUUUACAACAUCAACUGAUAUCACAUAUGAUCUGAUGACAUCUGAUGUUAUCGCUUUGCUGGAUUAUCUUAACAUUGAACGAGUACAUUUAGUUGGGUGGAGUGAUGGAGCAAUUAUUGGUCUUAACUUAGCAAUGAAUCAUCCGAAUAGAUUGAUCUCAUUGUUUGCAUUCGGAGCAAAUUAUGGUCCUACGGGUGUAAAAGAUGUUUCCACUUCACCUGUUUUCAUGACCUACCUCGAACGUACUAAAACUGAGUACGAAGCAAUGAAUCCAGUCAAUAACUAUUCGAAUUUAUACAAUAAUUUAACAUCAAUGUGGGCUAAAUUUCCAAAUUGGACUCAACAAGAUUUUACAAGAAUUGAUAAAAAGUUGUCGAUUUGGAUCGUUGAUGGUGACCAUGAAGAAGCUAUUUUGCGAAAUCAACCAGAUGAUAUGACUAGUUGGAUUCCACAAGCUAGCCAAUUAAUCUUACCAGGAACGAGUCACUUUGCGUUUAUCCAAGAUCCCAUAACUUUUACUAUGUUUGUGAAACGUUUUCUAACUGAGAUCGAUUGUCCAAGUUGUACCGAUACGAUAUGGGUACCAUCAGUAGCUUCAAUACAAUGUUUAUUCAACGCUCGGACUUUGGCACAGCCUGCAAGAACUUCACCUAUUUUGGUAUAUGUCGGAACAUACACUGGGAAAAGUGAAAAUGAUAGCAAAGGUAUUUAUGCUUUUGCAUUUGAUAGUAAAGAUUCAUCGCUAAAACCAUUGGGACUUGUUGCGGUGACACAGAAUCCGACUUAUGUACUAAUGCAUCCAUCAAGAAGAUACAUUUUGUCUGUCAACGAAGCAGAAAAAGGACAAGUCAAUGCUUUCAAAAUCAAUUCAACACAAACAGCUGAAUUGAUUUUUAUCAAUCAACAAUCUUCUGGUGGAAGUUAUCCAAUUUAUCUUUCAUCGGAUGCCCUAGGUCAUUAUAUUUUUGUUGCCAAUUAUAUUUCUGGUACUGUAGCUGUAUUACCUUUCGACACUAACUAUGGUCGUAUUCAAGACUCAACUGGAAUUUAUCAACAAAACGGCUCCUCCAUUGAUCCUGAGAGCCAAACAUCAUCUCAUCCUCAUUGUAUUUUGUUAGAUAAGAAAGAGGAAUAUGCUAUAAGUGCUGAUUUAGGAUCAGAUGAGCUGUAUGUAUAUCGAUUUAUAUCUACUAAUGGAACACUAAAGAAGCAAUACAUUUCAAAAUCAAGACAGCCAGGCGACGGUCCUAGACAUUUAAUAUUCAAUAAUAAUCAAAAGUAUGUUUAUGUGAUAAAUGAAUUAUCAUCAUCGAUCACCGUUUUCACCUAUUAUCCAAUUCUGAGGGCUAUUCAAACAAUUUCAACAUUACCGCAGAAUUUUACAUCGAUAAACUAUGCUGCUGAACUUCUGGUUCAUCCUGUAUCGAAUAAAUUUCUUUAUGCAUCAAAUCGUGGUCAUGACUCUAUAGUUGUUUUUGCCAUUGAUAAUGCCACGGGAUACUUAAAUAUUAUUCAACAUGUACAUGUACAAGGGCGCACACCUAGACACUUUAACAUACUUCCAGAUGGAGCGCAUCUAAUUGUAGCUAAUCAAGAUUCAAAUAAUCUGGUUGUAUUUUCGAUCAAUACGACUACAGGGAUGUUGACAGUCACAGAUUCGUCUGUUCAAGUGAGCAAACCGACUUCUGUCGCAUUUCUAAUACCAUAA